GUUUGGUUUCUAAAGUUCAGACCGACUACGAGAAUAGAAAAAUUGUGUUUACUAGCGUAAAAUUGUGUUUUCAAACAUGUCUAAGGAGGAAGAAAACGCCGUCGAAGCGACGGACACAAAUGAAAACUCGAAUGAAUCCAACUCGGAUACAACGUCGUCCAACACAAAGGAACCGGACUACGAUGCAACGCUCGAGACGGAUCGUGGACGGCGGUUCGAGUUUCUGCUGAAGCAGACGGAAAUUUUCGCUCACUUCAUGAACUCAGCGCCGAACAAGGGCAGCCCACCGAAGGCACCACGCGGCCGCAAACCGAAGGUGGAUAAAAAUGCCGACCCGGGCGACCAUCGGCACCGGAAGACGGAGCAGGAGGAGGACGAGGAGUUGCUGGCCGAGACGAACCAGAAGGCGAAAACGGUGUUCCGGUUCGAGUCGUCACCGCCCUACAUCAAGGCGGGUGAGAUGCGUGACUAUCAGAUCCGCGGACUAAACUGGAUGAUUUCGCUGUACGAAAACGGCAUCAACGGAAUCCUGGCGGACGAGAUGGGACUGGGAAAGACGCUACAGACGAUCUCGCUGCUCGGCUACCUGAAGAACGUGCGCAACAACCAGGGGCCGCACAUCGUCAUCGUACCGAAGUCGACGCUGCAGAACUGGGUGAACGAGUUCGGUCGCUGGUGUCCAUCGAUCCGGGCCGUGUGCCUGAUCGGUGACCAGGAGACGCGCAAUGCGUUCAUCAGGGACGUGCUGAUGCCGGGUGAGUGGGACGUUUGCAUCACGUCGUACGAGAUGUGUAUCCGCGAGAAGGCGGUUUUCAAGAAGUUCAACUGGCGCUACAUGGUGAUCGACGAGGCGCAUCGUAUUAAGAAUGAAAAAUCGAAGCUUUCGGAAAUUUUGCGUGAGUUUAAGACCGCCAACCGGCUGCUGCUGACCGGUACGCCGCUGCAGAACAACCUGCACGAGCUGUGGGCCCUGCUGAACUUCCUGCUGCCGGACAUCUUCAACAGCGCCGAGGACUUUGACAGCUGGUUCGACGCGAACCAGUGCAUGGACGACAACUCGCUGAUCGAGCGUCUGCACGCCGUGUUGAAACCGUUCCUGCUGCGGCGGCUCAAGUCCGAGGUCGAAAAGCGGCUGCUGCCGAAGAAGGAGGUAAAGAUUUUCGUCGGUCUGUCCAAAAUGCAGCGCGAAUGGUACACCAAGAUUCUGAUGAAGGACAUCGAUGUGGUGAACGGGGCUGGUAAGGUGGAGAAGAUGCGCCUGCAGAACAUCCUGAUGCAGCUGCGCAAGUGCACCAACCACCCGUAUCUGUUCGACGGUGCGGAACCGGGCCCACCGUACACGACCGACUACCAUCUGCUGGAGAACAGCGGCAAGAUGGUGGUGCUGGACAAGCUGCUCAACAAGCUGCAGGAGCAGGGCUCUCGCGUGCUCAUCUUCAGCCAGAUGACGCGCAUGCUGGACAUCCUGGAGGACUUUUGCCACUGGCGCGGCUAUCAGUACUGUCGGCUGGACGGGCAGACGCCGCACGAGGAUCGUUCGAACAUGAUCGCCGAUUACAAUGCGGAGAACAGCACCAAGUUCAUCUUCAUGCUGUCCACGCGUGCCGGUGGUCUCGGUAUCAAUCUGGCUACGGCCGAUGUGGUCAUCAUCUAUGACUCCGAUUGGAAUCCCCAGAUGGAUCUGCAGGCGAUGGAUCGCGCCCAUCGUAUCGGACAGAAGAAGCAGGUGCGCGUGUUCCGUCUCAUCACGGAGAACACGGUGGAGGAGAAGAUCGUUGAGCGAGCGGAGGUAAAGCUGAAGCUGGACAAGCUCGUCAUCCAGCAGGGUCGGCUGGUGGACAACAAAACGACCCACCUGAACAAGGACGAAAUGCUGAACAUCAUCCGGUUCGGUGCGAACCACGUGUUUCAGUCGCGCGACUCCGAGAUCACCGACGAGGACAUCGACGCGAUCCUGCAGAAGGGCGAGGAGAAAACGCAGGAGCAAAACGCCAAGCUAGACAAGAUGGGCGAGAGCUCGCUGCGCAGCUUCACGCUCGACACGGACAAUCCGGAAAAUCGCUCCGUUUACCAGUUCGAGGGUGAAGACUAUCGCGAGAAGCAGAAGCUGCAGACGCUCGGCUCGUGGAUUGAGCCACCGAAGCGCGAACGGAAGGCAAACUACGCGGUUGAUGCGUACUUCAAGGAGGCACUGCGUGUGGCCGAACCGAAAGCUCCGAAAGCCCCGCGCCCACCGAAGCAACCGAUCGUGCAGGACUUUCAGUUCUUCCCGCCCCGUCUGUUCGAGCUGCUCGAUCAGGAGAUCUACCACUACCGCAAGACGGUGAACUACAAGGUACCGAAGAAUCCGGACCUCGGUGCCGAGGCGAACAAGGUGCAGCGCGAGGAGCAGCGCAAGAUCGACGAGGCGGAACCGCUCACCGACGAGGAGCUGGUCGAGAAGGAGUCGCUGCUGACGCAGGGUUUCACCAACUGGACCAAGCGCGACUUUAAUCAGUUCAUCAAGGCGAACGAGAAGUACGGCCGGGACGACAUCGAGAACAUUGCGCGCGAGGUCGAGGGCAAGUCGCCGGACGAGGUGAUGGAGUACAGUGCGGUGUUCUGGGAGCGGUGCCAUGAGCUGCAGGACAUCGAGCGUAUCAUGGCGCAGAUCGAGCGCGGUGAGGCAAAGAUACAGCGUCGUGCAUCUAUCAAGCGUGCGUUGGACAGCAAGAUGGCCCGAUACCGCGCACCAUUCCACCAGCUGCGGAUUGCGUACGCGAACAACAAGGGUAAGAACUACACCGAGGAGGAGGACCGGUUCCUCGUUUGCAUGCUGCACAAGCUUGGCUUCGACAAAGAGAACGUGUACGAGGAGCUGCGGGCGGCCGUCCGCUCCGCGCCCCAGUUCCGUUUCGACUGGUUCCUGAAGUCGCGCACCGCCCUCGAACUGCAGCGCCGCUGCAACACGCUGAUCACACUGAUCGAGCGAGAAAAUCAGGAGCUGGAGGAGAAGGAGCGGCUCGAGAAGAAGAAAAAGACGGGCGGCGGGAAUGUGGGCACGGGGGCCGGUGCUGGGGCCGGUGGCGGUGGCACACCAAAGUCCAACCAGAAGCGCAAGGCGGAAACGGCACCCGCCGCGAACGAUAAGAACAAGAAGAAAAAGAAAGCCUAGAGACAGGGAGAGGGAACGUUUCGAUGAUGCGAAUGCGUGAACGUGAUUUGACUGAACCUUUGAAUCGAACGAAGGAGAAGAAAUAAUGAUAAUUCUCAAAAGGAAAGGAAACAUAAUUCCCGACCCACAUGCGCGGGGUAUCGUUAGGGAGGGAAAUACGUACGUACGAGCGAGAAGUGGACACAUUCCGCCACCAGGCUUCGGGCUUAUGAUGAUCUUUGAAACUGUUUCCCCUCCCGGAAGAGCAGCUGGGCAGUUUUAGUCCUGUUUUUAUUACUUUUUCUGCUAUCCUCCAGCGCCAAUUGAAGAUACUGCACUACUUUAGAAACAUAACCUCAACCCAACAACUAGCUACGUAGGAUAAAUGUAAGACGCUAGGGUGACACAAGAGGGCGGAUGUGGAUGUCUUUCUGUUCUCCUUUAUUUUAAGUAUAGUGUAAAAAAUAUAUUUUAAUGACAA